UUCAAGAUGGCGGACCUAGGCGACAACAUCCCCGAUGCGGAAUACUAUCCCGUUGUUGAUGGUGAAUAUGUUGUUGUCAAUGGAGAAACACAUCUUAUUAACACGGACACAGAUAUUCUGAAGCUAGACGACAACCCAGAUUUACUAGACGAGCCGCUUGUUGAUGAAAUUUACGAUGAUGUCGGACUCGGACCAGGGGGCACUGACAACGAAGACGAUGUCGAGCUUUCACCUGAUGGUAUUUUGGACGAGGAGACUGUUGGGCGUGGCUUGUCCAACCUGGGCCGAUCUGCUGAAGGGGCGUAUCAAGUGUAUUUACACUGUACAGUGCCUGGCUUCAACUUGAGGGACAUCAGUCUCUUGGCAGAAUAUGUCCAUUUACAAAAGGUGGAGAUUCCAUACAAUGAAAUUACAGACCUGUCCCCACUGAGUAACCUACAGCACCUGCUGAUACUGGACGCCUCACACAACCAGCUCCCCAGGGUCCUGGACUUCACCCCUCCCAAGAGCCUGAUGAUAGUGGAUCUCUCCUUCAACCAGAUCGAGGAGAUGAGUGACCUCUCUGCACAUCAAUGCCUGAAGAAACUCAACCUUGACAAUAACAAGAUUCAUGAACUGAAGGGACUGAGCAGCUGUAAAAGACUGUCAUUUCUAAGUAUGGCCCACAACAAGAUAGAAAACCUACAGGGUCUAGAGGGCUUGCCUAUUCAACAUCUAAAUAUGUGUCACAACUCCUUAACAAGGAUUGAAAAUAUAGAAUCCCUCAAAUACAUAAGGCACCUGAACCUGUCUGGGAACAAGAUCCGCAGUCUGUCUGGUCUGGAGGGUCAUGACCUGUUGGAGUACAUCGACCUGGAAAACAAUGAGGUGAUCGACAUCAGUGAGAUGAAGUAUCUGAUGAAGUUGGGGAUGUUGCGGCAGCUGAACCUGCUGCAGAACCCGGUCCAGGAGCUGCCUGACUACCGACUCUCCAUCCUCUUCAGGCUACAGAGUCUGACCGACCUGGACAGGAUGAGAGUUGAAGUGGAGGAGAAGGUUGCUGCCAAGAACAUGUUUGACCCUCCGCCAGAGGUUGUGGCCGCCGGAGAUCACAUGAUGCAUGUGGUUUACAACUUCCUGCAGCCAAGUAGAGUGUGGGACAGUACGUUACCAAACAUUGAGACAGUGUACCCCAUGCUUGUCCUGGUGGGUCCUCAAGGCUCGGGCAAGAAAGACCUUGCUCUCAAACUAGCAGAGGAAUUUUCAGAUUACUUUGGCUAUGGUGUGCCGGACACAACCAGGAAGCCCUACUCUGAUGAAGUCAAUGAGAAAGACUACAACUUUGUUUCCAUUGAAAAAUUCGAGAUUGAUAUCAAAAUGGGUCAGUUAAUCCAGUCCAGCGAAUACCACGGUGACUGGUACGGUCUUCAGAUGGAGUCUGUAGAGGCCGUGGCCAGAGAGGGUCUGGCUUGUGUGGUCCAUAUGGAGCUGGAGGGGGUACUGUCACUGAAAAACACGUACUUUGAGCCAAGGUAUGUGCUGAUACUUCCCUUGGAUCAUGAGGCUCACGAGCGCCGACUCCGUGAGAGAGGAGUGUACUCUGAGCAGCAGAUCAUAGACACUUUGAAGAGAGCUGAAAUGUACAAGGACUACAACCAGGACCACCCAGGCUUCUUCGACAUGAAGAUCAACAGUGAUGACAUCCAAGAAGGCUACCGUCGCCUGCGUCACCUGGUGAUGGACUACCUGGGCAUCAGCUCCAUGUCGCCCACCACGAUGACCGACCCCACCACUAACUAUGAGGAGGCGCAUGGGGAGACCGAUGUGUACCCCCUCCCUGGUGGUGCCUCUGCCACCAUGAUGGGGGCACGCACCUGGUCUAAACCAAGCCUUCCAGACAGCAUGUCACAGACCAGAGGCAAAGUUACCUCCCCUGCUACAACUGGAAGGGGGAUUGUGGAGGAGGAGUCCCUACGGAGGAGACACAGUGCAGCUAAGGAGGUAGUGGCAGGCUAUGUGCCUCCCCUGUAUGAACAGCUGCUCACUGGAUAUCCCAAGACAGCCCCUCAAGCUGUGGAUGGCCAAGUAGGUCUGGGUGAUGAGAUUGACCUUCGUGCCUUCUCCGCCCCCGUCAACACCAUCAGUGUGGAGAACAGCGGCGCUCUUCCACCCGCGUCACCUGACUCAAGCACUGAAGAUGAAGGAUCGGGUUCUGGGCUCUCCGACUUAGACUCUGCCACAGAGCUACAGAGAGGCAACACCCCACCCAGUCAGAACAACGCUGAUAAAGGCCUCCUGCCUACAGAAACUGUGAACCCACUCGAACUGAUUUCUGAACAGGGAUACAAAUCAGCCUCCAACAGAGAGCUCCCUGCUCCUCGACCACCCUCUGCACCUCGACCUGCCUCACGCAACAGGCCAGGGUCAGAUCGACAUAAAGUGUUGCCACCCAUCAACAAUUCAGUUCCUGUGUCAUAGCAGCUUGUUUAAGUUGCGAAGCUUGUCUGUGAUUUGUAAAAUAACAUGAUAGUUCAUGUGUCGAUUUUACUUAAGAAAUUGGAAGUUUCAUUUUUCUGUAAUUACAUGAAAUGUACAAUGUUUGUUCAAACCUAAAUCAUGUUAAUGUCCAAUCAUUUGAAGUUUGUUUAAAUUGUCUUUUAAUAUAUCAUUCAAAUGGUUAAAAGUAUUAUACGUACUGAAGUUAUACAGGCAUGAUGAACAUCACUGUUUAGAAAUCGAGCUGUUUUGGGGCUGUUGGGGUAGCCUUGUGGUUAAACAUCCACUUUGGUGACCCACAUGGGUACAGUGUGUGGAGCCAGUUUCUUGCAUCUUCCACAGCGUCAUGUCAUGCUUUAUGAAUAGAUGUCUACCCAUGCUUGGGUGUACAUGACACCUCUGUGUGUGUAAAAGUUGGUAGACAAUAGAUGUUUUCAUAUGACCCAUGUUUUUAUAUUCUGCAGUACUUUGCAUAUUUUGUAAAUAAUGUAUGUAAUGUUCAUAUUGUGCUUUUGGAAUGUGAAAGUGUAAUUAUUAAAUGAAUACCU